ACUGUCUCUGAUAAUCAGCCGCUGGUCGCUCCUCGCUGACGGGAAUCAGUGAACGUCACCCAGCCGAAGUCUAGACGCGCUCCACGGUGCUUUCUAUACAGGUACAGCUUCAUCCCUGUUUUUUUUUCAUAGUGGGGGUUCCAAUUAGAUUUGACCUGUUUUGGCGGUGAUGAGUUCGUGAAAAUGGCCCACUGGCCGGGGACAGACGACGGCAUGUUGAUCUCGCCAACCCUUCUCCGGGAUCUCAGUGUGAAGGCUGGAGACGUCGACAUGGACAGCGGCGAAGGAGCUGCGGAGCUGUCCCUGGAGGAGAUCCUCGGGUUGUACAGCCAGCCCAUCAACGAGGAGCAGGCAUGGGCCGUCUGCUACCAGUGCUGCAGGACCCUGGCUCUCACACGGCGAGGGAGAAAGUCUGCCGAGGCGUCCUCAGGGAGAGAGGGGGAGAGACGGAUCGACGGACCUGGGGACGUACGGAUCCAGAGAGACGGGACUGUGAUACUGCAACACCAAGACACCUCAGAUCUAUAUACUUCAGCACAUACGUCGUUAGAGGUGAUCGAGUCGCUGGGACUCAUGAUCUAUAAGGCCCUGGACUACGGCCUGAAGGACAGCGAGGAGCGGGAGCUCAGCGCUCCACUGGAGCAGCUCAUCGACCUCAUGACCAAGGUCACGGACGCCGGGGACAGUGACCUCUGCCCCGAUGAAGGCUACGAGGCCACGGAGGAGGAGGAGGAGAGCGAGGCGGAUGAAGGCCUGGCAGCGCACGGUGUCGGUAGCGUCCGCGGCUACAGAGACAUCAUCGCGCUGUGUUCGUCCCACCUGCCCAGCCCGUCAGACGCCCCGGACCACUACCAGGCCGUCUGUCGGGCCCUCUACGCUGAGACCCGGGAGCUAGGUACCUUCCUGGAGAAGAUCAAGAAUGCUAAGGAGAACCUUCGCAAGAUGGGGGGCGAAAGAUGGGAGGAGCCUGUUAAAGAGCUCGACGACUUGCAGAAUGCUGAUUGGAUGAUGAUGAUGAAGACCGGUGGGUUCCCGUCUCCUAUUGGCUCCCAGGCCCGCUUCUGGGUGCAGGUGAUGCGGGACCUGCGGAACGGCGUGAAGCUGAAGAAGGUUCAGGAGCGGCAGUACAACCCGCUGCCCAUCGAGUUCCAGCUGACGCCCUACGAGAUGCUCAUGGACGACAUCCGCUCCAAGCGCUACACGCUGCGCAAAGUCUUGGUGAAUGGAGACAUCCCUCCGAGGUUAAAGAAGAGCGCCCAUGAUGUCAUCCUGGACUUCAUUCGCUCCAGACCUCCUCUCAACCCUGCCGCUGCCCGCAAACUGAAGCCCCACCCCCCUCAACCGAGCAGCCUGCACGAGCGCCUGCUGGCGGGCAUCAAGGCGGAGAGGAAGCUGAGGCCGGUGUCUCCGGACAUGGUCCGCCGACACCGCCUGGGGGCUGGGAAGAGCAUCAGCACGCCGCAAGACCUGUGCCGCGGCUCAGAUACACCUGACGCCCCCAGGAAGUUGGCGGGCAGCACACACUCACUAGCCAAUGGGCUGGCGGGGUCUGAUGGGGGCGGGGCCGCGGCGCAGAGCCAGAGGAAGCGGCUGCUCCACGCGCCCACGCUGGCCGAGCUGGACAGCUCAGAGUCCGACGAGGACGCCACGCAAAGCAGCUCUAGACGGCCCACUUCUAUGGCUUCCGAGUCUCACCCUGGGAGUAAGAAGGUGCCACCAAACUUCCUGCCUAUAUCGUCCAUCAAUACGCCCGGCCAACAGCAGUCCUCUCCCCGCCGCCACUCCAUGGAGAAGCCGUCCCCCACCGCCGCGGGGCCCUUCCUGCCGCUCUGCAGACAGAGCUCCAAGUCCUUGCUUAAGGCGGAUCCCAGUGCCAAGGUGGCUGUGACCGGUGGUGCGCAGGGUGGGGAGGAGUUUGGCUUCCCGGUGGAGUGUCUGGCCCUCACCGUGGAGGAGGUGAUGCACAUCAGACAGGUGCUGGUCAAGGCUGAGCUGGAGAAGUUCCAGCAGUACAAGGAGAUCUACACAGCGCUGAAGAAGGGAAAGCUUUGCUUCUCGUGUCGGACCAAGAGGUUCUCCUUGUUCACCUGGUCCUACAACUGCCAAUUUUGCAAACGGCCGGUGUGCUCCCAGUGCUGUAGAAAGAUGCGUUUGCCGUCCAAGCCCUACUGCACCCUCCCCAUCUACUCGCUGGGUCCUAGUGCCAUGUCCAAGGAGGACGCCAGUGGAGCCGCACCCUCCUCCUCCUCCCAGUCAGACAGAACGGCCUUUGGGUCCGGACACAACCGCCACAGUCUCCACAGGACCGUGUCCAAGCUGUCCAAGCAGAGCAGCAGGGAGGGGCGGUCGCUGGAGGAGCCGGAGCUCCCCAGGGAGCUUACGGAGGACUGGGCCACCAUGGAGGUGUGCGUGGACUGCAAGAAGUUCAUCACGGAGAUCAUCUCCUCCAGCCGGCGCAGCCUUUCGGUGGCCACCAAGCGCGCCCGUCUCAACCGCAAGACGCAGUCCUUCUACCUCUCCUCGGCCAAGUCCACGGACUUCAGGCCCGCCGAGCGCACCAUCAACGAGGUCUAGGCCUGGCUCCUCUCCCCUGUCGCCCUUCAUUUGUAAUCCUUUCCCUGGAGACACAAGCCUCAGAAGACCUUCACUGGGAUUGGAGUGUUUCAAGAACCAGGAAAGAGAGAAGAGCGCCCUCUCCCUGUCCCCCCCUCUCAGGACUAGUGGACCCCCGGUGGUGGACGGACGUCGAGACGUGAGGCACUGUUUUCAGACUGGAAAUAUUCAGGAGCUGUUGUUGCCCGGUGACCGUGGUUGGUUUACUUGUUUGUCUCUCAACUCGCCUCAAAAUACAUAACCCAAUGAACUGAACUUAAGAUAUUUCAGAGAGUCAUUCAUCUUUCAGUCACGCUUUAGGGAUGAUUAAAACAUCUGUAUGAAGGCCCAAGAUGUCCGCUGUAUAUAGUUUCUUAAAUUAACUGCGAGCUCUCAGGAAAAUCAAUCAAUAGAUACAAAAUGCACUCUAUUUCCUCUGGUUAGGUCCUGUAUCCCCCCGGCCCCUCUAUUUUUCCAAUAUCAUACCAAAUAUUAAAGUUUUCUUUUUAAUUUAUUGUUUUUGCUCUUAUAGCUCUCGACACCAGCCCUUGUAAGAAAAAGUGGACGUCAUAUGCUCUGAGGUUGGAUGUUUAAACACCGAUAAUGUACAUUUAAAUGAAGUGCCAAACCGACUUUAUCUUGUAUGUAAUUUGUAAUUACGGAUCUAUUGUAAAUAGUUUAAAGGUUGGGGACAGUGAGGAGGGGGUUCUGCGGUGUGAGGGGGCAUCUCCUCCACGCGGGGCAAUAAGAGUGCUGCGGAGUGAGGACAUACAGGUGUACAUAUGAAACAUGUAUAGAAGCAUUUUGACAAACCUGUUAGGAGCCUUGCCUGAUUAAUUUAAGUUGAUGCAAUGAAAGUAUAAAUCUGCCAUGUAAAGUCUAGUUCCUGGCUGGCACUUGAAAGGUUGAGGGAUUGCAGGCUUCGUAAGACCAUUGUAAACAGAGUUUAUUGAUGACUGGAGUUGGACUUGGGAAUGUUAUACAUGUUGUAUAAUGUAUCCCAAGUAAUGGCUUUAAAUCCUGAUGUGUUCUUUGUGUAGUUUGUUUCAACCAAUAGUAUUAUUUUUAUUUAGUUUGUCAAUGUUUUUUCUAUGUUGUUUGAACUUAAAGCUAUAAUUUAACUGGCCCUUUUUACUUGACCAUUUUGUCGUUUCAUGCGUAAUAUCUUAAUACAUAUUUUAUGUUUCUUUUCUUCUCUUGAAAUCCGCAGUGCCAUUUCUGAAUGUAGAAUUUAAUUUAACUGACUCAAGUCGGCAAUGGAAAUAAAUCAGCAUAUCGAAUCCCCUUUACUAUUUUCAUACACUUUGAAAGUCAUUUUAUUGAUGGAAUUAAUUUUGUUAUGUGACCUUUUGUUCCCGGAUUAGACCAUACUAAUCAGCCUGUUGACAAGAUGCUGCUGCUUCCAUUAAUUAUUUGAUUUAUCAACCGCCUGCAGGGAAUGGUGUGCAUGCAGAAUGUUUCUUAAUGAAUUUAAUUGUAAUAAAAAUCAUUUCGAUUUACACAA